AUGUCUCACCCAAACAACUUGCAAGUGGCAGCGUUAACAAGAAGAAUGCAGAAUGCUAAUCUCAAUCUCAAUCAGGUUAGGGAUGUGAGAAGUAGCUUGAUCUCAGUUUCUGAGAUAGAUAAAGCAGCUAACAAGUGGAAUAAUUGUCUUAUUGGAAAGAUUAUUCACAAAGACACUAUUGAGCCUGAUGACGUGAAGAAAGAAAUCAACAUCAUUUGGAGACAAUAUAAAAGAGUGGAAAUGAAAGUUAUGGGUCGAAAUCUCUUUGUUUUCAAGUUUAGAAAUGAGAAAGAUAAGCAAGAAGUCUUCAAGAGAAUCCCAUGGGUGAUUAAUUUCAUGUUAUUUGUGCUACGAGAGUAUGAUAACUCAAUCCCAUUGGAAAACUAUACUUUCACUCACCAUAUCUUUUCGGUGAUUUUUCGUAACCUUGCACUGGAACAUACUGAUGAUGGUAUAAUUGAGAAGAUGGCACAAGACAUUGGCCAAUUGGUUGAAGUAGAUGGGAAGAAGUGUGUUACAAUCAGGGGUAGGGUGGUGACGGCUAAGAUCUUGGUUGACUUAAGAGAGCCAUUGAAGAGAGGUGUUUGGAUUUUUAAUGCAGCUAAACAGAAGGUCUGGGUCAAAUAUCAUUUUGAAAAGCAGCCAAAGACGACCCCUCACUGCUAUGUUAUUGAGCAUGAUGAUUAG